AGGGGCAAGCCGGAGAAACACCGUGCUGUUGAUAGCGAGAAGGGACGGUCGUCCUUAGGACCGUGUAAUUGCAUUUUUCCCGCCGUCUUCUUGUUCUUCUUCUUCUUCUUCUUCUUCGUCUGCGUCUGCUUCUGUUUCUGUUUCUGCUUCUGGCUUCUGUAUCUCUACAUACCUACAUACAGGCAGGGAGGCAUCUCCUGGUUGUGUGGCUGUAGGUAUCCCUCCGUCGCAGCAGCCCGAGACUAGCACCACCCAUACACGUCGAUAGUGGUCGCGCCGUACUGCACGUUGCGCAUCCCACCCACGCUUUCAAGAGCAUCCGACAGUGGCUACAUAGCAAGCAGCCGCCUCAGAUCGCAUCCGAUGCCUAUAUAGCAGCACGUAGCGCCAUGUCUCUAAAUGACAGGGAGAAAUCCCAGCUUCGAGGCGCCUUACAGGAAGCUGUCAUCAAAUGCUCCGAGAGGUGCCUCUAUCAAUCCUCAAAAUGGGCAGCUGAGCUCCUCAACGCCAUUCCCGAACCCGAACCAUCGCUCGAUGACUCGCAGCUGUCGGACGCGUCUGCCGGAUAUGCCUCGACCAUCAUCGCCCCCAAUACCGAUCCCGAAGAGGCAGCGCUCGAGAUGAGAGAGAUCAACAAGUACCUGCUGGCCAAGUCCUUCUUCGAUUGCCGAGAAUACGACCGCUGCGCUGCCGUCUUCCUCCCCGACUCUACCUUGGCUGGCGUCGUAACCCUGAGGGAGCCCAGCAACACCACCCCCAAGGGCAAAGGAAAGGCGAGAGCUUCGGUCGGCGACGUGAAAGCUUCGGAUAGCGCCCAAGCCCUGCCGCAGCUGAGCCAACGAAGCCUGUUCCUAGCUCUGUACGCCAAAUAUCUGUCGGGGGAGAAGCGUAAGGAUGAGGAUGCCGAGAUGAUCAUGGGCCCGAUGGACAUCGGCACGUGCGUCAACAAGCAGCUGCUGACGGUCAGCCGCGUCCUGGAGGCCUGGUUCGAGCAGCGGAGGACUGAGGACGGCGAGGAGGCUGAGGGCAGCCAGGGAUGGCUCGAGUAUCUUUACGGCAUCGUUCUCUCCAGAGAAAAGAACGAGGAGCUGGCCUUGUACUGGCUCGUCCGCAGCGUCCAUCUAUUCCCCAUGAAUUGGGGCUGCUGGUUGGAAAUGACUUCGCUCAUUUCCCGGGUCGAGGACCUAAAUCGAAUCAUGCCUCGUCUGCCGCAGAACAUCGUCUCCUUCAUGUUCCACAUACACACCUCGCUCGAGUUGUACCAACACGACGCCAACCUCGCCAACUCGCUCGACCAGCUACUCAACAUUUUCCCUACCUCGUCCUUCUUGCUCACGUGUGACGCGUUGCUGUCCUAUCAUGCGAAGGACCUGGUAGCCGCCGAGCAGCACUUCAGCCGCAUCCUCUCGCUGCACCCCCACCGCCUCGAUUCCCUGGACCAUUACUCUAACAUACUCUACGUCAUGAACUCGCGGCCAAAGCUUGCCUUCUUAGCCCACCUGUGUAGCAGCGUCGACAAGUUCCGGCCCGAGUCGUGCGUGGUGAUCGGGAACUACUACUCACUGCUAUCCCUGCACGAGAAGGCGGUGCAAUACUUUAGGCGGGCCCUGAUGUUGGACCGGUCCUGCUUAUCCGCAUGGACGCUGAUGGGACACGAGUACGUCGAACUCAAGAACACGCACGCCGCCAUCGAAUCCUAUCGCCGGGCCGUAGAUGUGAACCGGAGGGACUACCGCGCAUGGUACGGGUUAGGUCAGACGUAUGAGGUGUUGGAGAUGCACGCGUAUGCACUGUGGUAUUACAAAAAAGCCGCCGGCCUCCGGCCGUGGGAUGGGAAGAUGUGGAUGGCGGUCGGUUCGUGCCUCGAACGUAUGAACCGGAACCAGGACGGGAUCAAGGCCCUCAAGAGGGCUUUGCUCGCCGAGAGCUAUUACGAUACGGGCAGCAGCUUCGGGAUAUCGGGCAGCAUCCAAGGCACGCAUAUGGACCCGGAGAUCCUGCUACAGAUCGCGACCAUGUACGAUAACAUAGGCGAGGAAGAGGAUGCCAAGGCCUACAUGGAGAUGUGCGUGGCCCAGGAAGACGGCGGGGCGGGCGAAAGCCAGGGCGAAAGCAUCGCCAUCCACAACGACUCGGGAGAGGGGUCGGACGACGGCGACGGCGACGGCGGAGGACGCGCGGCGACCAACGACGGCACGGGGGUCACCGCGGCGACUAGUAAGGCGCGGAUGUGGCUCGCGCGCUACGCGAUGCGCACCGAAGACUACGCCACGGCGAACCGCUUGGCCGGCGAGCUGUGCCAGGACGGCGUCGAGGUAGAGGAGGCCAAGGCUCUCAUACGAGAGGUUAGGUCGCGGAUGGAAGCUAGCGGGAUGAACGAUCCUCCCACAGGACGCGAUGCCGUAUGAAUAGCAAUACGACGGGGAAUUUACGAGGUCUCGUAAUAGUAGAGCUCGUGGUGCUUAAUACGUCUCGAACGUCGAGGAUAUAACUAACGGCUUAUGAUCAUCUGGAAAAAAGUAUAAUGGGGGAGGAGAGAGACGAAGCAUG